GAAUUUGCACGUGCACGGUUAUCACGCGCGGAGGUUGGCGGUUUCGUCAGGGUUUGUUUACGAAAUAGCCUAUGUGCGGUGCUAUAUGGCACGAAAUGUUUUACAUCAUUAGUAACUCGAUAGUUUCGUGCACCUUAUUACGCCGGAAAAGUUUGAGAAAUAUACUGGUUGGGCCCUGGGAUCUCUGGGUUGGGUUUUUAUUUCACGUGCAUGACGAUCUGAGCCUAGGCCUACAGGAAAUGGCAACCUUUACAAGUAACCUGCUGUCGGCAACAAGAACAAUCGUCACAUUCCGGACAGCGUUGGGAAUCAUUAUCCUGGGGAGUGCUUGUGUAUCACUUGAUCAUAUCCUUCAGCUGCAGGCCGUUGUAUCCAACCUCUACUGCCGAGCAUUCAUGGACAGUUUCACCCACGGCCUUGUUGGGGUUUUGUCCUGGGCCAUCGUGAUAGGAGCUAUCCCUCCCACGAGUUGUCGUCAACUGGGGGAGAUCCUUUUCUGCGGGAUGCUAUCCUCGGGCUUAGACGUGGACCACUUUGUAGCUGCAAGGUCCAUUUACUUGCAGGAUGCUCUGGUGCUACCCCACCGGCCAGUUCUUCACUCUACCUCUCUCAUUCUCCUCAUCGGCUUCAUCUUGCUCCUCACCACCCGCAUCACCGCCUCCCACAAGCUUCGGCCACUUCCCUACAUGUUCCUCACGGCGUCCCUCUCCCAUCACAUCAGAGACGGAUCCAGGAGGGGGCUGUGGCUCUGGCCUCUUGGGUCCACGCCCCCUCUGCCCUACUGGACGUACAUAGGCCUCGUCUGCAUUUUGCCAGUUGUCGUUGAACUAUUUUUAGACAGGACUGAAAGCACACUGCCACUGAAGGCCAGCAACGGUGCUGUUUCAGCACUGUCUUCGAUGUAAUCAAAAGAAACUUUAUUAAAAUUAUUUAAUGAGAGUUUACACAUUGUGCAAAGAAAUUCACUAGAGUGGGAUGAGGAGACUGCCAAGGUAGUUCAAUAACCCUAACUCCCUAGGCAUUUUUACUAGCAUGCAACCUCAAUCCUGCAAAAUCCUCCAACUGCCUCCAUGUAAAAACAACAUACAACCUCAGUCGUCCAAACCCCUCCGUUUUUUUGUGUGAAUGUGGUCCCUGGAGAGGUGACCACUGCCUCAAUCCUGCAAAAUCCUCCAUCAACCACUGUCAAUAUGUUGAGGUACAGCCAGUGACAUCGUGGAGCAGUGCGGAGGAUGUCAAGUAUAAUCAAGGCCUAAAUUUAUGCCCGGCUGAGCAUAAACAACACAAUGUCCGGCCCAAGACCUUGACUAGGUGCAAUAUCCUCCAAAAUUCAGCCACACAUUUUUGCCUCAUAGCCUCAAUCCUGCAAAAUUUUGCAGAGGUGUUUGGAGGAUUUGUGGUUAGGUUUAAUGGAACACCAUGUACCAAGGUUCAAGUCCCACUUCAGUAAAUUGUUACGUAACUUUUAUUUUCAUUGAUAAUGAAAUAAAAAUUCAAUAUUGGGUCUGGUUUCCUGACCCUACUACAAACAAAACGGAUCAAUUUAUGGACAUCAGGGAAUUGUCAGGUCAGGGAACCAGACUAGCUGGCUGUGUAACCAAUUGCAAACAAAAUGGGGACUAACCAAUUUUGGUCAAUCGGGGGCAGAAUUUGAAGAAAGUCAGGUUUUUUGCCAAAGAUUGUCGGCCGACCAUCGUUGGAAAUUAAUAAAAAAAUUCCACUCUUCUUGAAAAUGACUGCACACCAGGUGCCAUGAUUUCACAGGAUGCUUGAGACUAUUAUUCACUUACAGUCAAGUAAGGUAUUUCAUAAUAGGUUUUUUUUGGGGGGGGGGGGUUUGAAACUCAAAGUAUGGACUUUUAAAGUAUUAAAUCUUUAAAAUCUUUACUGACAUAAGCAAAGAAGAUACAAUUCGUUACAUCACAGUUGUUAAUUUCCAAAAUCGGGAUAUUUAUUUCAUUGUGAAAAUACUGAUAUAAAAACCUCUGUAAAUGUACAUUUUGUCAAGUGGUAAACUUUAAUCACAAGUAUUAAACAUUUAUUAAUAAAACAGGAACAGCUAAAACUAAAAAUAAGAAA